AUGUCUGUGGACGCAAAACAAUGCAACAUUUGUGGCGCUCACACUAUCACCAAUGACCGACCUUGGAUUUCCUAUUACGGUCUGGAAAGUAGGGACCUCAAAGGAGAUUUCAGGCCCGUCCUACAACAGUCUGCCGAAUCGGGAUGCAGAGUUUGUUUAAGCUUUUGGCAGGCCAUCUUCAAAUACUAUGGUGAACGUUUGACUCCCUACACAGCUGUGGACAUAAUGUCCUGUGGUGAACAAGUUACUGUGAGCCUCGACGUGACAGCCAAACCUGAUCUCGUUUCCACCAUUAAUACUUCCACAAAAGGGUGCUCAACCACAAUGCAAGCUAUACAGUUGAAAUCAAGAGGCUCGGAAUUUUGGGAACUUGUUGUUUCUACAAAAAGAGGACCAUCCACCAUUCAAGAUGUUACAGAUCACCACUUGACCGAAGGCAAGGAUAAAACGACGCCUGUACGCUCAUCCUCUUGUGGUCAAGACGAUUGCAAGUUUUGUCCACGCCAGUGCCGUCAACACCCGAGUGGUAACACCGGAAGCCCGCAGGCUAUAGAGACUAUCCGUUCCUGGCUAUCCGACUGUAUCGAAAACCACCCAAACUGUGGAGGAGAUCAGAAGCCCUUGCUUCCACAGAGGAUCUUGGAGAUUCUAGACCACGCCACCGCUGAAUGUCGGCUACUCGUUACAAAUGAAGGUCAAAUGGACAGAUAUGCAUGUUUAAGCCACCGGUGGUGCAUUGACACUGAAAGGGUUUCACUGAAGCAACAAGAUUUAGAGGCGUUCCAAGAAAGAAUUCCACAGGAACGUCUUUAUCCAUUGUUGAGAGACGCGAUAAUUGCGGCAGGAAAGCUUGGGUGUAUUGUCCAAGACGACCCAGAAGAUUGGAAUCGUGAAGCGGUGAAAAUGGCAUCAAUUUACGAAAAUGCGCAUAUUACUCUUGCUGGGGAGCCUUCCAAAGAUGGCCAAGGCCUGUUCCAUGGAUGUAGUGACUAUACAUCUUUGGAGAUCGCCGGUCUCCAUACGAGUGCCGAUGCACCUAUAGUAGAGAUGCGGCGCCUGGUCAAUAGUCGGUCUGAUUGCUCUUUCUUAUCCCGCGGAUGGGUAUUUCAGGAAAGCCAGCUGUCCAAACGCUUUGUUACCUUUGCUCCUAACGAGCUCGUAUGGGAUUGCUUUUCUGAAAGUCGAUGCGAAUGCCGUGGCGUAUAUGAGGACCGGGAACGUGUAAAGUUUCUUCCUCCACUAGGAAAUAAUUAUGAAUGGGGUGACCAACUUUUACCGUGGUGCGGAAAGGAUGGAAUCGUCGAACAAUUCACUCGAAAGGAACUGACAAAGGUGGAGGAUCGACUUCCUGCGCUGGCUGGGCUGGCAAGCCGCUACCGGUAUCACAACGGCAAUUUGAAAUAUGUUGCCGGUCUUUGGCUGGAGACUCUAGAACGCGGAGAUAUAUUCUGGACGGCGUCGUGUGAUGAGCCUGCUCCAAGACCAGAACACCUGUUUGCACCUACAUGGUCAUGGGCUUCUAUCGCCACUCCAGUUCAGUUUAGAUAUGCGACAGGGUAUCCAGAAUUGCAUAUUUGGCUCACCGGAUGGGAGAUAAGAUCAGUCAAAGGAGGAAAUGAGUAUGGUCGACUUGAGAAAGCCCAUCUACGGGUAGGGGGCAUCGGGAUUAGCGGAAAACUGGUCGCAUACAAGAAGCAUCGCACAAUGUUCUCGAAUUCCGUGGGCGUCGUUCAGUUCGACGGCAUCAAAGAAACAAUCCCAUUUGCCGCUGACUACGACCUAUGUGCAGCGUCGAGAUACCAGGUCUCUAUUCCUUCCCAAGUUUUGUUUCUAUUCGGAUAUUAUACGGAAACGCGGUUUGUGGCCGGGCCUCAUCGGUUUCCGUUUUACCCGGGAGGUAUGGUUCUACGAUGUAUUGAUGCAGAGGAAGGCUACUAUGAAAAGAUUGGAAUUUUCGAUGCAUAUACAUUGUCAUCUAUCGAGGACAGGAGUGUUCAAGCGAAAGUUGGGGUGAAUUACAUCAGAUGUUUUUUAAAGGCAGGCCACCGACAAAAUAUCAUUAUAGUCUGA